CUGUCAACACGCCGCUGCGGCUGUUUUGGAGCUUAACGUCCCGCGACAUUAACCCCCGGAGGGUCAGAAGACAGAUACCACGCGGAUGUUACAGAGCACGCGGCGUGAAUCAGGGUAAAGUUAGCUCAGUUUGCUAAUUGUCACCUUCCUGCCGCGUUAGCUCCACGCGCGCAGAGCAGAAAGUGGUUUCUGAGCCGCGGGGGAUGAGCCAGCUGUCUCCCCGGCCAGAGGGCACCUGUUGUCGGCGUGGAUUCACCGCAGCACGGGGACAUUCCCCUCUGCGAUAAUGUCUUAUAGUGUCUGAACGUCUCACCGUCCAGCCACACGCGCACAACUUCCGGCAGCGAUGUCUUCCCCAGAAGAAGACGCUGCCAUGACAGCUGCCGUGUGCGCCGUCCUGUCGUCUGCCUUGUCGGCCGCCGCGUCGGCCGCCGUUGACGCUAAAGCGGAUCUGGCCACGCUGCUCGACGAAUGGGAAGAAGCGCAGCAGGGCACCACGGAGCAGCUGGUGUCCAUCCUCACCAAAAUAUCUGAGCUGAUCGAACGGGAGACGAGAGAGUACCACAAAGCCGACCCCGAUCCCUUCGAUGACCGUCAUCCAGGACGAGCAGACCCCAACUGCAUGCUGGGACAGCUCCUGAAGAUGCUCUUUAUGAAUGAUGACUUCACUAAUGCGCUGUUGGACACGUAUAUAAUGACCAGCAGAGAGCUGGAGCUCAACACGUCCGCCUGCCGCCUGCUGCAGAACAUCAUGCCAGGCCUGGAGACCGCCGUCAUCUUCCAAGAGAAGGAAGGUCUGGUGGAGAAGUUGUUCACUUGGGCUCUUGAAGCAGCGCUGCCGCUGUGUGUCUACGCCACUGGUCUGCUGGCCAGAGCCAUGAGCAACCAGGAGGUGGCGGCUAGCUACAGAGAGGAGAACGCUAAGCUGGUGCCCGUCAUGAUUAGGACCCUGCACAAGCUGCAAACUGAAGAGGCCACAAGUGCGGACGAAGCCACCCAAACCUCAAACGCCUCCACAGACCAGCGCGACCCCACGGAAGGGGAAGACGAGGAGGGCGAGAGAAGAGAGCGAGACGGAGAGGGCUGCAGGCCGGCGUCAAACGCCAAAUCUUUGUCACGGUUGUGUUCGGCCCAGAAGAAUGGCGGCUCCAGCGGCGGCGGUGGUGCACUCGGCUCCACGCGAUUGCUUCCGGACUUUGUUUACCAGGCGAGGCCGGACGCCGGAGGUAGAGGAGGAGGAGGAGGAGGAGGAGGAGGAGGAGGAGGAAAGAGACAGGCGGUGACGGAGAACGGGAGGAAGGCGAAGCAGAAACUCAGCUCCCGCUGGACCGAGGAGGAGGCAGAGGCAGAGGCGGAGGCGAAGGAUUCCAGCGACCAGCCGGCCUGCAGCUCCUCCUGGUCCGAGAUGAGCUCCAUGGUCAUCGGCUCCGACUACUGCCUCUUCCCGCUGAGCCCGGCCAUGGGGCAGAGGCUCAUCCUGCAGUAUCUGACGCCGCUUGGAGAUUACCAGGAGUUGCUCGCCGUCUUCAUGCAGCUGGACACGCGGUCGCUGCUGAUGAACUACAUCGACCUCAGUAAGACCAAGAACGUCCAGCUCAUCUUCGACGCCCUGCUGUAUCUCGCCUCGCUGCUCCUCCAUAAGAAGUUUGCAGCAGAGUUCAUCACUCACGGAGGAGUGCAGAGGCUUCUGGACAUCCCGAGGCCUUCGAUGGCAGCGACGGGAGUGUCUCUCUGCUUGUACUACCUGGCCUACAAUCUGGAUGCGAUGGAGAGGGUGUGCACACUCUCAGACGGCGUGCUGUCCGACAUGGUGUCCUACGCUCUGUGGCUGUUGGAGUCGUCCCACGCGUCGGGCGUCUGCCACGCCACCAUGUUCUUCUCCAUCUCGUUCUCCUGCAGAGCGGUGCUGCAGCUCUUCGACCAGCAGGACGGCCUGCGCAGGCUGGUCAACUUGGUCAGCACUUUGGAGAUCCUCAACACGGAGAAUGAAGUGUCCAUAAUGAGCGACGACCAGGUGUUCUCCAACCGGCAGACCGCCAAACACACGUGCCUGGCGCUGCGCAGGUACUUUGAGGCUCACCUGGCAGUGAAGACUGAGCAGGUGAGACAGUCUCUGUACACGUCAGAAGGAAGCACCAUUUACCCCCGGCAGCAGGUUUAUAAGACGUAUUCGUACUCCAGAGAGCAGGUUCUGGAGAUGAUGGAGUUUCUCAUCGAGUGUGGACCUCCGCAGCUUCACUGGGAACCAGUCGAGGUGUUCUACAAGUUGUCGUGCGUCCCUUUAAUGCUGCAGCUGAUCUCCACCGCCUGCGACUGGAGAACGUACUACGGCAGGAGCGACACGGUGCGCUACACCCUGGACAUCCUGGCCAUCCUCAUGGUGGUUCCGAAGGUCCAGUUGGUGCUGGCGGACACGGUAGAGGUGCUGGAUGAAACCAGGUCUCCGGUCUCCACUGUGGGCAUGAGCAUCAUUCUGGGCGUCGCCGAGGGCGAAGUGUUCGUCAACGACGCCGAGAUCCAGAAGUCGGCGCUGCAGGUGAUAAUAAACUGUGUGUGCGCUCCAGACCAGAGCCUGAACACUGUGGGUGCUUUUGCUGUCGCCCCCCUUAGGCUGUCCCUCCUCCCCCAGCAGUCCCCUGCUUCCCACGACAGAGUGCUGGCCCACAUGUGGAAAAUGGUGCAGAACAACAACGGCAUAAAGGUGCUUCUGUCCGUGCUGUCGGUGAAGAUGCCCAUCACAGAUGCAGACCUGAUCCGCGCUCUGGCCUGCAAGGCUCUGGUCGGACUCUCACGCAGCACAGCGAUCAGACAGAUCAUCAGCAAACUGCCGCUCUUCACCAGCAGCCACAUUCAACAGUUGAUGAAGGAGCCGGUGCUGCAGGACAAACGGAGCGAGCACGUCCGCUUCUGCCGAUACGCCGCCAGGCUGACGGAGCGAGUGUCGGGGAAGCCCCUCCUCAUGGGCAGCGACGUGUCGUUGGCUCGUCUGCAGAGGGCGAAUGUGGUCGCCCAGUCGCGCAUCACCUUCUCUCAGAGGGAACUCUUCAUGCUGAUCAGAAACCACCUGAUGUCCAAAGGGCUGUUCGACACGGCCAACACGCUCGUUAAAGAGGCCAAUCUGUCCAUGGGGUUCCUCUGUCCCAACUCUUCCUCCUGCGUCACCCCUCUCUCCUCGUCCUCCACCAUUCCCAGGUCUUGCCGUUCAGCCGGCGGGUUCACCUCCCCCGCUCCCUCUCGCUCCCUUGUCGUUCCUCAGCCCUCCUCUUCCUCCACCCCCGCCCUCCCCUGUCCCGCAUCUCACGGGCCGGGCCCUCACAUGGCGGGCCGGAUUUUAUUCACACGAGAACGGCCGGUGGCCAACUGCAACUCAGGAAAGAAGCUUUGCUCGCUGAAACAGAAGUCUGACCACGGUGCUUUCAUACAGACUCCAGCCAUGAAGAAGCAGCUGGAGCGACACCUUCCGACCCCCCCGACCCUGGACAGCAUCAUCACAGAGUACCUGAGGGAGCAACACGCUCGCUGCCCCAAUCCUGUCACCACCUGCCCCCCCUUCUCCCUUUUCAACCCCCACCGCUGCCCCGAGCCCAAGCAGAGGCGACAGGCCUCGCCCAACUUCACUGCCCGCCUGGGGAGCCGCGUGCUGUACCCCAAAUAUGGAGGCGUGGACCGAGGCUGUCUGGAUAGAGAUCUGAUCUUCAGCAGGUUCCGUGCGAUGGCGGUCUUCCACGAGGGCGACAGAGACGAGAGCGGUUUCACCUGCUGUGCCUUCUCAGCCCGCGAGCGCUUCCUGAUGCUGGGAACCUGCUACGGUCACCUCAAAUUCUACAAUGUCUUCUCCGGGGUGAUGGAGGCCAACUACAACUGCCACACAUCGGCCAUCACACACCUGGAACCCUCCAGGGACGGGAAGCUGCUGCUCACCUCGGCUUCAUGGAGCGUCCCCUUGUCUGCUCUCUGGAGUAUCGAUGGUGUCUUUAGCCUGAAGAACUCGUUCGUGGACGAUCACUACGCGGAGUUCAGCAAACACUGUCAGGACCGAGUCAUCGGCACCAAGGACCAAGUCGCACACAUCUACGACAUCCAGACGGGUCAGAAGACCCUGACGCUGAACGACCCCGCCCUGGCCAACAACUACAAGAGGAACUGCGCCACCUUCAACCCCAGCGACGACCUGGUGCUGAACGACGGCGUGCUGUGGGACGUGCGGGCGUCGCGCGCCAUCCAUAAGUUUGACAAGUUCAACAUGAACAUCAGCGGAGACUUCCACCCCAACGGUCUGGAGGUCAUCGUCAACACUGAGAUCUGGGACCUGAGGACCUUCCACCUCGUGCACAAUGUCCCCUCCCUGGACCAGUGCAGGCUCGUCUUCAACAGCAACGCCACCAUCAUGUAUGGAGCGAUGCUGCAAGCCGAUGACGAGGAUGACUCCGUGGACCAGCAGAUGAAGAGUCCCUUCGGUUCGUCCUUCAGGACCUUCGACGCUACAGACUACAAGCCCAUUGCCACAGUGAAUGUGAAGCGGAACAUCUUUGACCUGUGCACCGACACCAAAGACUGCUACCUGGCUGUCAUCGAGAACCAGGACGCGGUGAGCCUGGACACGGUGUGUCGUCUGUACGAGGUGGGACGACAGAAACUGGCAGAAGAAGGAGACGACGAUCAGGAUGAUGAAGACCAGGACGAUGAUGAUUCCUCAGACACGGACGACGACGACGAUGACGACGAUAUGGAAACAGACCCGCUCAUAGAGGAACUGAUCAAUAACGACGACCCGGAGAACGGAGGGGGGGGCAUCUCUCCCACAGAUGAAGAGAUUGCAGAUCUUCUCGGCAGCAACAGCGACGACGACAACAGCGACGACGACAACAGCGACGACGACUCUGCAGACUCGGACCGUUCGUCCAGAAGCGGAAACAGAACCGACUCCGACGAAAACCCGUUUAGGGAUCUGUACCCAUCAGAUGGUGAAACUCGGAUCCUUCAGGCCAUCAGUGAGAUGGAAAGAUGGUGAGAAGAAGAAGUUCCUCUGCUGACCAUAUGAACCUCAACAUGGACCCCCCCCAUAUUUUUUAAAGCCUCACUUCUCGUUGGAACAGGCGAGUGGACUGAACACACAGAGAAGUCUGUCAUAUUCUCUCUACACGUUUUAGAGAAGCGACCGUGAUGAUGAUGAAUAAAUAUUUCCCAGAGUUCAUUGGGGCUCAGAUGAAAACUCUUGACCUGCGUUCUGCUUCGUUUCCGUAGGAGAAAAGUGUUUGUGAUGUUUCACCUGCUCCACGUGAGACGUCACUGACGACCGCAGCUUUAAUACUUAGAGCCAUAGAUAUAAAAUCCAUUCACACACAGGCCACACUCUUCAUCUCCUCGCACGUUUCACGACAGUCUUCCACACACGCCAUGAACCGUGACAGCCAUCGAUAACAUCUGCACACGUCUCCUCUCUUGCGUCUCUCGCUGUGUCCAAACAUCAGGUUUCUGCAGGAGACACUUUUAUACAGAGUUCACCUGUACGUGAGGACUCCCUAGACGUGGCGUAUAACCUUGUUUUUAUUUAAUUGAUUUCAGCUCAUCUUGAUACUUUUCUGAAAUAUUAAAGUCUUGAUUUUCUGAGGAAAGGAAACGUGCAGCUCGUCGGGAGAGGCUGGUGACGAGAAUCUAAUGGGAGAACGCCUGAUGAUGUAAUGCAUUACUUCACAUGUUGUGUUGGUCACAUGAUGCCGACGUUACUUCAUCACCAGCUGCUGCAAGGUUUCAAACCCGAGCUGCCAAAGCUUUUUGUAUUGGAACAUUUUUUUCUAUUUUGCAGGAAGCUUACCUCACGCUGAGCGGUCGACCUUUGACCCCUAGUGUGACAGCAGAAGCUGAGCAUGUUGCGGUCGACCGGUCGGCUGCUCAGUCACUUAAAGUCCGAGUUUUAGAUGCAGCUUCGAGUUGUGGACGCACAUAAUGUGUCGACCGGUCGCAGCCUGAAGUCGUGCGUAACAAAAAGCUACAAACGUUUGUUUUUUAAAUCAGUAUUUUACGGCGCAGCAGCUUCUGGGAGCCUCAGAAUCUCCAGUUUUAUAAUAGAUUGUAAUGUUUAUAACGUUGUUGUAAAUGGUUGAGAUUAUCAGUUGAGAAGAUCUACUUUAAUAAUAAAAUACUCUUCUCCCUUC